GCAGGUUUGUUGUUUCAGUGUUCUGAAAGAUUCUGACUAUUAACAGUUUCGUUAUGUCGAUAGUAAAAUAGCAUUAUGCUUAUGGGAUAAUGACUGGAACCUUUCCUAUUUAUAAUUAUAUUGUGGUUCUUCUAUCAAUAGUGAUGUCUGUUCGGCUAAUUUAGCCAUUACGCCAAAUUAUAUAGCUCACCCUCCAUUAGGCUAUAAGGUGGACAUGUCGGAUGAUUUGGGGCAAAAUAAUCAAAUCGAAAAACCUGAUUUAGUGAACGGAAAGCAUCCUGUUUGUGUAAAUCCGUCGGUCCCCAUUACUGUUGUUGAGAAUGAAGAAUUAGUAUUAAAAGUGAGAUUAGCUAACAGUCAAGAUCCUGAUUUUAUAGAAAUUGAAAUACCUCGUGAUCAGUUAACUUAUAAUUAUUUAUUACAAGUGUGCUGCAUUGAACUCAAUAUCGAUAAAGAACAGGUUUAAUAGCAAUAUAAGAAUAGGAAGAAUAAAAAAUUUUACACUUAAAACAAUUAUUUUAUUGAAUGUGAUUCCCAAUGAUAAAUAAUGGUAAUGUUCUUUAAUGCACUGAUGAUAAAUAAAUGGGACUUAUUGUGCUAUUCUCAUUUAAUACAUUAACUUUUAUCUCAAG